CAGGAGCAGAAGCAGAAGCAGGAGCAGGAGCAAAUCAGUUGACAGCUUUAUCAAAGUUGCUGAAGCAACAAAAGAUUCAAAUUCAAAUCAAAUAUUCACUGGAAACUCAGCAACAACUGAAAACCUUUAAAUUUCAACAUCCUACAUUGGUUUUUGCCAUUUAAGUGCUGACUGUCGAGCCGUACAGUUCUAGUUUCCCCCGUGCUCUCGUGCUUGUUCAAAUUCUCGUUCCCGCGUACGUUGUUCCCCCCUUCUCGUGUGUAUUGUAAAGUGUGUAAAAAAAAAAGGGAAACGAAAAAAAAAUCGAACUUUUUAACGGGAUAACACAAAAAAAAAAAACGAAAAUUUUAAAAAAGGAAAUUUUAGAAAACAUUUUUUUGACAAGCGGUGGUUAGUUGCAAAGCGGCGGCGGCGGCGUCCUCUCGGCGUGCAGCGGCGUGCAGCAGCUCUGCAGCAUCGUGUCGCAACUCGCAGUCGAAUUUUCGUAUAGUUUUUGUUGUCAUUUUUCCAUUUAAUUUCGAAUUGAAAUUUUAAUUUGGAUUUUGGUUCGAAAGUCUGCAAAAAUCUGCAGAACAUAACGGAAUCUUCAUGAUGGCGGAUCAUUUGGACGAACCGCCCACAAAGCGGGUCAAAAUGGAUCCAACGGAUAUCUCUUUCUUUCUGGAGGAGAAUCUGCCCGAUGAGCUGGUGUCUUCGAACAGCGGCUGGUCGGAUCAGCUGAGUGGCGGCGGCGGCGGUGGCGCUUCAAAUGUCGUCACAAACACAAACAACACAACAGCCGGCGGCGGACCUCAAGCCGUCGGCGUAGGACCAAACAAACAGACAGGCCCCGGCCCAGGUUCAGGAGGGCCAGGCGGCCAGGUCGUUACCUCACAAAUGAACGGAGCCGGCGGCGGUGGCUCCCAGCAGCAGGGAAGUGGUGGCGACGAUGGCAGCGGCAACAGCAGCGGCGGCGGCGGCGGCGGUGGUGGUGGAGCGGGCAAUCAGCAGCAGCUCCGCCAAAUGCAGCAGCACCAGCAGCAGCAGUUGCAGCAUCUGCUCCAGCAGCAACAGCAGCAGCAGGGCCAGAAGGGUACCAUGGUGGUGCCGGGCAUGAACCAAUUGGGCAGUAAGUCUCCGAAUCUACAGUCCCCCAAUCAGGGCGGUUUGCAGCAGGUCGCCACACAGAUGGGCAUGGUCAAUUCUAUGCCCAUGUCCAUAUCGAACAAUGGAAAUGGAAAUGGCAUGAAUGCCAUCCCAGGAAUGAACACAAUCGCCCAAGGUAAUCUGGGUAACAUGGUCCUCACCAACAGCGUCGGCGGCGGCGGCAUGGGCGGCAUGGUGAACCAGCUGAAGCAGCAGCAGCAGCCAGGCGGCGGCAUGAUCAAUGCUGUCUCAGUGGCAGGGGGACCCGGUGGACCCGUUGGCGCUGGCAGCGGCGGCUCAGUGGCCCCCAACCAGGGCAUGCACAUGCAGAACGGUCCGAUGAUGGGCCGCAUGGUCGGCCAGCAGCAUAUGCUGCGUGGCCCACACAUAAUGGGCGCAGCCGGUGGCGGCAACGGACCAGGCGGCCCAGGGAAUGGACCCGGCGGCGGUGGGCCACGCAUGCAGAAUCCCAACAUGCAAAUGGGACAACUCAACAGCAUGCCCUACGGCGUGGGCCAGUACGGCGGACCCGGCGGCAACAAUCCCCAGCAACAGCAGCAACAACAGCAGCAGCAGCAACAGCUGCUUGCCCAGCAGAUGGCACAGCGAGGAGGAGUCGGAGUCAUGCCGCAGGGCAAUCGCCCCGUUGGGACUGUUGUCCCGAUGCCCAGUUUGGGCGGCGAUGGCACCGGACCCACCGGCCAGCUAGUGGGCGGCAAUCCCCAGCAGCAGCAGAUGCUUGGCCAGCAGCAGCCGGGUGCCCUUGGACCACGUCCCCCACAGCCACAAUUGCUGGGCCAUCCGCAGCAACAGCAGCAGCAGCAGCCAGGAACCUCCCAGCAGCAGCAGGGGAUCCAGGGUGUUGUCGGCGCCGCAGGAGCUGUGACGGCGGCUGGCGGUGGUGGAGCGGGUGGAGCGCAACCCAAUCGCCAGGAUGUGCCCGACGACCGCAAGCGCCAGAUCCAGCAACAGCUGAUGCUCCUGCUGCACGCACACAAGUGCAACCGGCGGGAGAACCUCAACCCGAAUCGCGAGGUUUGCAACGUCAAUUACUGCAAAGCGAUGAAGGCGGUGCUGGCGCACAUGGGGACCUGCAAGCAGAGCAAGGACUGCACCAUGCAGCACUGCGCCUCCUCCCGCCAAAUCCUACUCCACUACAAGACCUGCAUCAACAACACCUGCAUCAUUUGCUAUCCGUUCCGCCAGAACCAACCGGUGUUCCAGAACGCCAAUGUCGGUGGCGGCGCUGGCAGUGGUGCGACCUCCGGCGGGGGACCACCAGGCAGCGGAGUGCCAGGCGGUCCCGGCAGUCUGCAGCAGCAGCAGCAGCAACAGCAACAACAACAACAACAACAGAACCAACCUCUCACUGUGCUCGGCGGCGUUGGCGGAGUCGAUGUCAAGCAGCAGCAGCAACAGGUAGGAGGCCCAGGAGGAGCACAGAACUCGGGUCUCGUGAUGCCCCAGCAGGGCGGUGCACCCAAAUCCAAUGCGGAAAUGGCCCAGCAACUCGCCCAGCAGCAGCAGCAGCAGCAAGCCCAGCAACAGCAGCAACAAGCCCAGCAGCAGCAGCAAGCCCAGCAGCACCAACAACAGGUCCUGCAGCAGGAGCUGCGACGCUUCGAUGCCAUGGGCCAGGUGGGACUCUCCCCCGUGACGGCUGGCAAUAUGAUCGGCGGCGGCGCUGUCGGAACGGGCCAGCAGCAGCAGCAGGGGAUGCCUCCGAGCAUUCGAAUGCAGGGCGCCCCACCCACAGUGAGAGUCCUUGGACCCGUGGGUCCCGGUUCUGGCUCCGUCCUGCCCAACGAUGUCAACAGCCUCCAGCAGCAGCAGCAGCAAAUGCUCCAGGGCCAGUGCAAUGCCGCCAAUGCUGGCAAUCGGCGACGCGGUGGCGGCGUUGGCGGCCUCCCCAACAUGGUCGACCAGCAGCAGCAGCAACAGCAGCAGCAGCAGCAGCAGACGAAUGCCUCCCAGCAGUUGGGCAACAUUCCCACGCCGCUGUCUGUGAACGUCGGUGGCUUCGGCAGCUCCAACUUUGGCGGAGGAUCGGCGGACAAGCAGCAGCAACAGCAGCAGCAGCAGCUGGUGGGGCAGGCGGAUCAGCUGGCGAAGCUGAAGGUGCCCCAAGUACAUCCGCAGGUCGUCGCUGGAGGACCUGGCGGUGCGACUGGCGUGACUGCCGGCGGCCAGGGAUCCAGUGUCUUGAUGCCCGCCGAUACGACGGGUGCCAGCGGUGGGAAUGCGAAUGCCAAUCCCAAUCAAAAUGCAGCCGGAGGCAGUGGCGGAAACAGCGCCAGUGGCGGUCCCGGCGGAGGAGGAACGGGCGCCACUGGCAACGACAGCGAAAAGGACUGGCGGGAAUCGGUGACGGCUGAUCUGCGUAACCAUCUCGUCCACAAGCUCGUGCAGGCCAUCUUCCCCACCUCCGAUCCGACGACGAUGCAGGACAAGCGGAUGCACAAUCUCGUCUCGUAUGCGGAGAAGGUCGAGAAGGAUAUGUACGAGAUGGCCAAGAGCCGCUCCGAGUACUACCACCUGCUCGCCGAGAAGAUCUACAAGAUCCAGAAGGAGCUCGAGGAGAAGCGGCUGAAGCGCAAGGAGCAGCACCAGCAGAUGCUCAUGCAGCAGCAGGGCACUGGCCCCGUACCCGGUCCCGGACCCGGACCCGUUGUGGUUCCCGGUGGCGUUGGAGUGCCAGGCGUUGGUGUCGGAGUGCCCGGCUCCGUGUCCGUCUCUAAUCCCACGGUGAGUGCCCUGCAGGGCUGCGUCGGGGUAGGGCCGCAGCAACAGCAGCAGACACAGCAGCAGCAAUCCGUUGGCGGAGUCCGUCCCAUCAUCAGUCCCAUGGGGGGCGUGAUGCAGCCACAGCUCCGUCCCCAGGGUCCUGGCGGCAUGGUUGUCGGUCAGCAGCAGCAGACGGGCGUUCCAGUUGGCGGCGUUGGCCCCGUGGGUGUCGCAGGACUCGCUGGAGCACUCGGUGUUGGCGUUGGAGUGGGCGUCGGAGGAGUCGGCGGCCAGGCGAAUAUGGUAACGAUGCGUAGCCACUCGCCCGGCGGCAACAUGCUCACGAUGCAACAGCAGCAGCGCAUGCAAUUCCCGCAACAGCAACAACAACAACAGCAGCAGCAGCAGCAGGCGGGCAACAUGCUGGUGGGUCCUCCAGGACCCAGUCCCGGCGGCAUGGUAGUCAAUCCCGUGCUAUCCCCCUUCCAAACGGCCGCUGGAGUGGCCAAUGUCCUCACCAGUCCAGUGCCUGGCCAACAGCAGCAGCAGCAGCAGUUCAUAAACGCCAAUGGCGGCACCGGAGCGGGCAGCAAUCCGCAGCUGAGCGAAAUGAUGAAGCAGCGACAAUUUCACCAGCAGGCAGCGGCGGCAGUGGGCAUGCUCAUGCCCCAGUCGCCCUUCAGCAAUGCCACGCCCAUUCAACAGCAACAGCAGCAGCAGCAGCCGAACAGCAACAGCUUCAACUCUUCCAUGCAGCAGCAGCAACAGCAGCAGCAGCAGCAGCAGAAGCCGCCUGGAAGUGUCCUCAACAACAUGCCACCAACACCCACGAGCCUCGAUUCAGCCUUGAGUGCGGGCGGAGGAGGAGGAGGAGGAGCAGGGAGUGCGGGGGGAAUGACGGUUUCAGCGCCCAGUCCCUCGCCCGGAGGUGGAGGAUUCCUCUCGAAUGGCCCCGUUGGGACUCCCUCCAACAACAGCAACAGCAUCAUCAAUCCUCCGUCGGUGAACAGCCUGAUGCAGCCGAUGAGCAACCGCGCCAACACUCCGCCCUACGUACCGGCCUCUCCUGUGCCGGCCACCAGUGCCUCUGGCCUGGCGACGAACAGUGCCCCCACCUCGGCGGCGGCCACGUGCGCCAGCAGCAACAGUAACAGCAAUAGCAACGGCAGCAACGGGAGCAACAGCAACGGCAGCAACAGCAACGGCAGCAACUGCGGCAGCGGCAGUGGGAGUGGCAGUGGCAGUGGGAGCGGCAGUGUGGGAGGAGUCGGUGGUGUUAUGGCCACCACAACGACCACGACAACAUCCGCAACGACGCCGCUCAGCUGUAACUCCUCCUCGUCGGCGACGGCAACGAUUGCAUCGAGCGGACCGGGCAGCGGUGGCUCCCUUUCGGCGCCCAACAGCAAUCCCCACAUGCUGAUGUCUGCACGUGGCGAGGGCAGCGGCGGUGCGACGACCUCCUCUGGGGGCAACAGCAACCAACAGCAGCCGAGCCGCAUGAUGAGCAGCUCGAGCAGCCUCUCCUCCCAAAUGGCCGCCCUGGAGGCAGCGGCGCGUGAUAACGACGACGACACCCCAUCGCCCACAAACGACACGAACGGCAGCGGUGGCGGUGGCAAGGCCUCCAAGGGCAAGCUGGACUCCAUCAAGCAGGAGGACGAGAUCAAGAAGGAGUUCAUGGACGACAGCUGCGGCGGCAACAACGACAGCUCCCAGAUGGACUGCUCCACGGGCGGCAAGGGCAAGAAUGUCAACAACGAUGGCACCAGCAUGAUCAAAAUGGAGAUCAAAUCGGAGGACGCCGACGGCGAUGGCGAUGUUAAGAUCAAGACCGAGCCCAUGGAUGUCGAUGAAAGUGCCUCGUCGGCCACACACGAAGGCGGCGGCGGUGGUGGCAAGGAUGACAUCAAUGGUGCCCACGAUGGCGUCUCUGGAGGCAUGGACAUCAAGCCCAAGAUAGAGCCGAAGCCAUUGGUGCCCGAACCACUGGCCCUCAAUGCUGGCGACAAGAAGAAGAAAUGCCAAUUCAAUCCGGAGGAGCUGCGCACCGCAUUGCUGCCCACGUUGGAGAAAUUGUUCCGCCAGGAGCCGGAAUCGGUGCCGUUUCGGUAUCCGGUGGAUCCGCAGGCGCUGGGCAUACCCGACUACUUUGAGAUCGUCAAGAAGCCAAUGGAUCUGGGCACGAUACGGAACAAUAUCCAGAACGGGAAGUACAGCGAUCCGUGGGAGUACGUGGACGAUGUCUGGUUGAUGUUCGACAAUGCGUGGCUCUACAAUCGGAAGACCUCACGCGUCUAUCGCUACUGUACCAAGCUUUCGGAGGUGUUCGAGGCUGAGAUCGAUCCGGUGAUGCAGGCCCUGGGCUAUUGCUGCGGCAGGAAAUACACGUUCAAUCCGCAAGUGCUGUGCUGCUAUGGCAAGCAGCUGUGCACGAUACCGCGCGACGCCAAGUACUAUAGCUACCAAAACAGUCUAAAGGAAUACGGUGUCGCCUCCAAUAGAUACACCUUCUGCCAAAAGUGCUUUAAUGACAUCCAGGGGGACACGGUCACACUGGGUGACGAUCCGUUGCAGUCCCAAACACAAAUCAAAAAGGACCAAUUCAAGGAGAUGAAAAACGAUCACCUGGAGCUGGAACCUUUUGUGGACUGCCAGGAAUGCGGCCGCAAGCAGCAUCAGAUCUGUGUCCUCUGGCUGGACUCCAUCUGGCCCGGCGGCUUUGUCUGCGACAAUUGCCUUAAGAAGAAGAACUCGAAGCGGAAGGAGAACAAAUUCAAUGCCAAGCGCCUGCCCACCACCAAGCUCGGCGUCUACAUCGAGACGCGCGUGAAUAACUUCCUCAAGAAGAAGGAGGCCGGUGCCGGCGAGGUGCACAUACGCGUCGUCAGCUCCUCGGAGAAGUGCGUGGAGGUGAAGCCGGGCAUGCGGCGUCGCUUCGUUGAGGGCGGGGACAUGAUGAACGAGUUCCCCUACCGGGCGAAGGCCCUGUUCGCCUUCGAAGAGGUGGACGGCAUUGAUGUCUGCUUCUUCGGCAUGCAUGUGCAGGAGUACGGCUCCGAGUGCCCGGCGCCCAACACGCGCCGCGUCUACAUCGCCUACCUCGACUCGGUGCACUUCUUCCGGCCGCGCCAGUACCGCACUGCGGUCUACCACGAAAUCCUGCUCGGUUACAUGGACUACGUGAAGCAGCUGGGCUACACGAUGGCCCACAUUUGGGCGUGUCCGCCCUCGGAGGGUGACGACUACAUCUUCCACUGCCAUCCGACGGACCAGAAGAUACCAAAGCCGAAGCGGCUGCAGGAGUGGUACAAGAAGAUGCUCGACAAGGGCAUGAUCGAGCGCAUCAUCCAGGACUAUAAGGACAUACUCAAGCAGGCAAUGGAGGACAAGCUUGGCUCCGCCGCCGAGCUGCCCUACUUCGAGGGCGACUUCUGGCCGAAUGUCCUCGAGGAGAGCAUCAAGGAGCUCGACCAAGAGGAAGAGGAGAAGCGCAAGCAGGCAGAGGCCGCCGAGGCAGCUGCAGCGGCGAAUCUCUUCUCCAUCGAGGACAACGAGGUGAGUGGCGAUGGUAAGAAGAAGGGCCAGAAGAAAGCCAAGAAGUCCAACAAGUCGAAGGCCGCCCAGCGGAAGAACAGCAAGAAGUCCAACGAGCAUCAGUCGGGGAAUGAUCUCUCUGCGAAGAUCUAUGCCACGAUGGAGAAGCACAAGGAAGUCUUUUUCGUGAUACGCCUGCACUCGGCACAGUCUGCUGCCAGUUUAGCGCCCAUUCAAGACCCCGAUCCUUUGCUUACCUGCGAUCUGAUGGACGGACGCGAUGCAUUCCUCACGCUGGCCCGCGACAAGCACUUUGAGUUCUCGUCGCUGCGGCGAGCCCAAUUCUCAACGCUAUCCAUGUUGUACGAGCUGCACAAUCAGGGCCAGGACAAGUUCGUGUACACGUGCAACAACUGCAAGACGGCCGUCGAGACGCGCUAUCAUUGCACUGUCUGUGAUGACUUUGAUCUGUGCAUUGUGUGCAAGGAGAAGGUCGGGCAUCCCCAUAAAAUGGAGAAGCUCGGCUUCGACAUCGACGAUGGCUCUGCACCGGCGGAUCACAAGCAGGCCAAUCCUCAGGAGGCGCGCAAACAGUCCAUCCAGCGUUGCAUCCAGUCUCUGGUGCACGCCUGCCAGUGCCGCGACGCCAACUGCCGCCUGCCCUCGUGCCAGAAGAUGAAACGCGUCGUCCAGCAUACCAAGAACUGCAAGCGAAAGACGAACGGCGGCUGUCCCAUCUGCAAGCAGCUGAUCGCCCUUUGCUGCUACCAUGCGAAGCACUGCCAGGAGCAGAAGUGUCCCGUGCCCUUCUGUCCGAACAUCAAGCACAAGCUGAAGCAGCAGCAGCUCCAACAGAAACUCCAACAACAGCAGCUACUGCGUCGUCGUGUGGCCCUCAUGUCGCGGACAGCCGCUCCUUCGGCACUGCCCGGACCGGCGGUUAGCGGGCCGACAGUCGUAGCUGGUGGGGUGCCCGUUGUGGGCAUGGCCAAUGUGAUGCCUGGCGGCCAGUCUGCAGUGCUGCUGCCAGGAGUGGGCGGACAUUCACCGUCCGCCGUGCCAGUGCCUUCGCCAGUGUCUGGCAGCGGAAUGGGCGGCAUGACCUCGCCGCAUCCCCAUCAGCCGGGCAUCGGAAUGAAGCCCGGGGGCGGACACCCGCCGUCGCCGAAUGUCCUACAGGUGGUGAAGCAGGUGCAGGAGGAGGCCGCACGCCAGCAAGUGCCGCAUGGCGGUAACUUUGGCAAGGGCGUCCCGAUGGCCCCGCCCGUCAUGAACCGCACCCUCGUCGGUGGAGUUGGAGGCGUCGGAGGAGUGCCCAAUCAGAAUGUGAAUCAGCUGGGAGUGGGCAUGGUCGGUGGAGUGGGCGUCGGAGGAGUCGGUGUUGGAGGCGUUGGAGUCAAUGUGAAUCAGCUGGGACCUGGCAUCGGCGGCGGUGGUGGCAACCCGUCGGGACCGGUGCCUGGGGCCGGCAACUGCGGCAACGUCUUGAAUGCCAACAACCUGCUCUCCAUGGACCAAUGGGGCUCCGGCGGUGGCGGUGCGGGAGUGCCCCAGCCGCGGUACGUCAACAAUGCCACGGGAAUGCGCCAGCCGAACCAAAUGAUGCAGCAGCAGAACGUUCUGCAGCAACAGCAGCAGCAGCAACAGCAGCAGCAGAUGAUGCUGCCCAACCAGAUGGGCGGCGGAGUGGUCGGCGGCGGCGGACAGAUGCCGGUGGGCGGACAGCAUGGCAUGGGGAUGGGCGGCAUGGGCACACCAAUGGGCGCGGCCGGUGCCGGAGGCGUGCGCCCACCGCCUGGAGGAGGCGGCGGCCAGGCAGCCGGCGGCCUGAACACCCAUCAGCUGGCCCAGAUAAUGCAGAAGAUCAAGAACAACCCCACCAACGAGAGCAACCAGCACAUUCUCACCAUCCUCAAGCAGAAUCCACAGAUCAUGGCUGCCAUCAUCAAGCAGCGCCAGCAGACGCAGAUCAAUGCCGCUGCCGUGGGCGGUGGUGCACCCGGCGGUGGCCUCCAAGCGGGCAAUGGACCCCAGAAUCCUCAGCAGCAGCAGCAGCAACAACAGCAGCAACAGCAGCAGCAGGUCAUGCAGCAGCAGCAGCAGAUGCAACACAUGAUGAACCAGCAACAGCAGCAGCAGCAGGCGGGUGGACCCCAGCAGCAGAUGAAUCCCAACCAGCAGCAACAGCAGCAGGUGAAUCUGAUGCAGCCGGGUGGACCGGGAGGUCCCCACCAGCGUAUGCCCAAUAUGCAGCAGAGCUCUGCCCAAAUGAUGAUCCAGAAUCUGCCACCAGGCGUCACCUCACAGGGUGGAAUGGUGCCCAACCAGAGCUGGAACAAAAUGCGCUACGUGCAAAUGAACCAAUAUCCACCUCCGUAUCCACAAAGGCAGCGCGGCCCGCAUAUGGGUGGAGCGGUGGGCCAGCAGCAGCAGCAGUUCCCGGGCGGCGGAGCAGGCAACUUUAAUGCUGGCGGCGGGGCAGGUGCGGUGGGAGUGCCUGGCGGUGUGGCUGGGGGCGGCGGCGGAGGUGCAGCUGGCCCCGGAGCGGAUCAGUAUUCCAUGGCGAAUGCGGCAGUGGCGGCGGCAGCAUCCAACAUCCUGCAGCAGGGCCAAGGCGGAGCCGGUGUCGGAGUAGGAGUCGGCGUCGGAGUGGGCGUGAAGCCCGGUCCCGGCCAGCAGCAGCAUCAGCAACAGCAGCAGAUGGGCGUGUUGCCGCCGGGUAUGCAGCAACAGCAACAACAGCAGCAGCAGCCCCUCCAGCAGCAGAUGAUGCAGCAGGUAUCGAUGCCGAUUGCCCAGAAUGCGCAGCAGAAUCCGGCUGUUGUUGGUCCCGGAGGUGGUCCCGGCUCCCAGGUGAUGGGCCCUCCCACGCCGCACUCCCUCCAGCAGCAGCUAAUGCAGUCAGCGCGCUCCUCUCCGCCCAUCCGUUCGCCGCAACCGACGCCAUCACCCCGCUCAGCGCCCUCGCCGCGUGCCGCGCCAUCAGCCUCGCCGCGGGCCCAGCCUUCGCCCCACCACGUCAUGAGCCACUCGCCAGCGCCACAGGGCCCACACGACGGCAUGCACAACCACGGGAUGCACCACCAGUCGCCGCUCCCCGGUGUACCCCAGGACGUUGGCGUCGGUGUGGGCGUAGGCGUUGGCGUCGGUGUGGGCGUUAAUGUUGGCAACGUAAAUGUCGGCAAUGCCGGAGGAGCCCUGCCCGAUGCCUCCGAUCAGCUAACGAAAUUUGUGGAGCGGCUCUAGUGCAGCAGCAACAUUGGCCACUCCAUCAGCAGCAACAACAACAACAUUGGUGGCCACAUCAACAGUAGUAACAUGGGAAAUAUCAGCAACAUCACGAACAUCACGAAUAUCGGCAAUGACAUUGUCAACUAUCGCUACAACGGACAAUCGCCGCACUACUUCUGAUCGUAGAGGUAGCCAACAGACAGCGACAGCGACAACGACAACGAAAGGAGACCAGCAGAAACCAGAGACCCAGGGAUCACACCGUGUGUUAAUCGUAUUGUUAAAUCUUUUAUAAAAAUUUUACUCUUCCGUAUCGAUUGGUUGAGCGAUCCGAUCACUCCACACUAUCACAAUUAUCAUGUACUUUAGUUUUAAGAUGCGUCCCACAGGCCACAGCAACCAGCAGCAGCAGCCAGUAGCAGCAGCAGUAGCAGUCCAUCAAUUCAUUCUACUCUCGAUGUAUAGCAGGCGGAAAGGGGCAGCAGAGUGUUGAGAAGUGAGGGGAGUAAGGGGACAGGCGAUGCAAAUGCUGCUGUUUGGCUGCUGUUGGUGGAUGUUGGGGGGGAUUUCGUACACCUCCACACGCUCCACACACGGAUUAUGCUUAGGCUUAGGACAACAUUUGAACAAAAAGCAAACGCAAAUGCAUUGAUUACGAUUACAGUUACGAUUAUUACAGCUAUGAUUAGAAAUUAUCGAUUACUAAUUUCGAUUACGAACUUUUUUUUUUUUUGAUAGUGUAAUAACUACUACUACGUUUACGUUUACAUAGAUCAUACGUUAUACCUAUGGCACUAGUACCCCUUUUACAUACAUAUAUAUAUAUAUUUAUACAUGCACAUACACACACACACAAAUGCAAAAUUUCUUCUUAUAUAUUUCCCCUUCUGCGCCCCCCCAAAAAAAUAUGCACACAACAGCAACAGACAGACCCCAAAUCAGACACCACAGAGACACACACACACAUGCAUGUCUAUAUCUAUGUCAUUCAUGAAUGAAAGAGCGAACAGAGAGAGAGAGAGAGAGAGAGAAAGAGCAAGAGAGAGAGAGAAAGAAAGAGAGCAAGAGCAAUGUUUCAGCAACCUCAUUUGCAACAGUUAA